AUGCCUGAUGAAACAGGAGAUUCGAAUGCCUCCGUAGACAAUAAAACAGCUGAAACCACGGAGACACUAAAUGAACCAAAUACAAAUGAAAAUACCGCCACAGAAGUAGAAGUAAAAACAUACAAAAGUGUUACUCUUGGAGCAUUCGGUGGCUCCAAACACGUACGAAUAGAUACCAAUGAAGUAAAACCGGUUGGAAAGAAUGAAAUUGCGAUCGACGUACAAGCAUGUGGGAUCAAUUUCCUUGAUAUAAUGACCAGACAAGGUUUGAUGGAUCAGGCCGUUAAACCGCCAUUUAUUAUGGGAUCUGAAUGUACUGGUAUCAUUUGUGAAGUCGGUGAAAAAGUAACUACACACAAGGUUGGUGAUCCGGUUAUUGUUCUGUUAGAAAACGGUGCCUGGAGUGAACAAGAUACAGAAAAUCUUGACUCAACUGAAAAUACAAUCAACUCAAUUAUCUUGCCUAGACCAAAGUCGUUGGAUAUAAAUAAAGCUGCAGUAAUUGGAUUCGCCUAUAUUCCAGCUUAUAUUUUAAUUCAUCAUAUCGCCAAUAUACAUUCUGGGGAUAAAGUUCUGGUACACUCAGCUGGUGGUGGAGUGGGUACUGCAGUUGCACAAUUGGCAAAGCUUAUUCCAAAUGUUACUUUAAUUGGUACUGCAUCCAAGGAUAAGCAUGAAAAAUUGGCUGGGAUGUAUGAUGUUUUAAUUGAACCGGAUCAAGAUUGUGUUGCUGAAAUUAAAAAACUUUACCCUCAUGGAAUUAACGUAGUCCUCGACUGUAUAAGUGGUCCAGAUACAAACAGACUGUAUGGAGUAUUGAAACCUCUUGGAAAGCAUAUAAUUUAUGGUAUGUCUAAUUUGGUCACUGGAGAUAGGAAGAAUUUUUUGAAUUUAGCAAAACAUUGGUUUCAUAUGGAACGUAUCAAUCCAUUAAAGCUACACGAUGAGAACUUAGUACUUGGUGGAUUCUCAUUGAAAUCUUUUCUUUUCUCUCGUGAUCGAAAUCACAAUGACACGAAUAGGCUAAUUCUUAAAGUUUGGAAUGAAUUAACAAAAUUAAUUGAUAGUCAAAAAAUUGAUCCAUGGAUCGAUAGUCAAUGGUAUUUAGAUGAAACUAAAGAGGCUAUGAUGCGUUUACAAGAGAGAAAAAAUAUCGGUAAAGUUGUGCUGAUUCCGAAGUUGAAAGAAGUAAAAGUUCCAGAAGAAAAGGUUGAAGGUACAGAAAAACAAACAACAGAAGAGAUUUCAAAUAAUCUAACAAAUAAGUGA